CACCGAAGAGCGUGACUGCGAGACUGCUGACCAUCUGUUACAUGUGGUGCGGGCUCGUGCUUGUUUCCAUGCUCACUGCGCAGGUCACGACAUCACUCGUGUCACACACCAUCAAUGCAGCGACGUUCAACGUCUAUGGCAUCAAGGUGGGCGCCAUUACGGGUUCUGUUGAAUACAACAUCGCGGUACGACGAAAUGCACGCGUCAAUACAGAGUCCGAGUAUCACAGCUAUGAGGACCUCCGCCGCGCGAUUAUAACCAAACAAGUGAGAGGAGUUCUCGUGGAUGCGUACAUAGCAAACGGUCGCAGCAAGCUGUUUGAUCUACCCGCGGGACGUGCGCGGGUCUCUCAGUUGUUCGGGUACGAGCUGGUUUACGGCAUGGUGAUGACUAGUCGCGUUGGGAAACUUCAACUGUGUAUACGUGACUACAUGAAGUACCACCAAGCACACAUCUACUCUCACAUCAGGGACAAUCUCCCAAAGAUACAGAAACCGCCCGCAUCCAUGGAAGAGGAAAUAAGCUCUGGUCUUUUUGACGCCAGUAGUCAAGUGUUCAAAGGGAUUGUGUGGAAGAUGUGCCUGGCCCUUACGGGAUGUCUCCUCGUGGGAGGGGGUCUGGACGCGGUGCGGCGCAAGAGGGGAGCGAAAAGGCAGCAAGGUCUCGGUGAUAGAGCCGUUUACCUACAGCAAUACAAGGCCGAGCUAAAACAAAUCGUAGACGAGUUCUAUCACCGCAUAACACAAAACAUGGAGGAGAUCAGAGCCCGACACAUAGCGGAACAGGAAAGAUUUUUGAGAUAUAGGAAAGACAAUCCGUACCUUGAUAAAUUUCCCUCCAUCUAGCCCGUGCGUUAAGACAUCCUUAAAUCUUAGCCACAGGAUACAGAGUAUCUCAUUCAACCACAAACGUUUAUGUAAUAAAUGCUCAUCUUUGCACAAUUAAAA